GUGUACGGGCGUCUGCUGUGGCCGGGCUUCGUGGAAGGACCUGGCGGAUGCUCACUCGAGCGGAGGCCAGACCAGUGCCACUCGAGUCAUGUCGGAUGUGCUUCAGGAUCGGGGCAGGAGGCGAUGAGCCCAAUUCCGUUGUGACGCUGAGCCGUGCGCGGCUGAGGCCCGGCUCGCGGACCGGCAGAACUUUGUUCUACCCCAAGAGAUGAUCGUUGAAGUGGAGGGAGAAGAUGCUGGGUCGCUGGACAUCGUUCCCCAGGAAAGCGCAGACAUCAAGGUUGUGACUGUGGACCUUACUGAGGAGGAACAGAGCACUUGCAGCAAUGCCCGGAGGACCCCAGAGAGAACUGUGAUCCUGGAGAGCCACAGGGACCUGUGGGACUUGCCAGCUGUACAUGGACUAGAAGAAACGACCUCAAAGCAGGCGGUCUGUGAUGAGGAGCCGUCCCAUGGAGUGGAGAUGGAGGGCUUGGCAAGAGACGAUCCUUGGCUGUCUUCAUGUGGAGGAGUGAGUGACAGUAAGGAGCAGCUGGACACACAGGAGGUGAAGGAAGAGGAAGUGGCCUUUGCCCAAGGGAGAGCUGGUGCUCCCGAGACGGGCUGCAGGAGUGAUGAACUUGGCAGGACUUGCCUGAGUACCAGCCGCCUUUCGUUCCCCAUGAUACCGCUCAGAAACCAUUUGCAUAAGCAGGCAUCCCACGUUAAAAAGUCACAUGGCGAUGCUGUUGCAAACAGCUCUCAGAAGGGUAGCGAUAAUGCGGAUCCCCCUGACGAUGACAAAUGCGGAAAAGUCCCUCAGGGCUUUCAUCUCACUCAGUUUCUAAGAACCCCAAAAGGAGAUAAUAAAUCCCAUGAAUUUAACAGCCGUGUUCAACCCUUUGGCCGUGGCAUGCCCCUGAGUCUACAUGAAAAAGGUCGUUUAGAAGGUAAAACCUUUGGCUUUAAAGGGCACGGGCAAGUUUUGAACCAUAACACAGUCCUCGGUGAACAACAGAAGCUUCUCGUUAAAGACGGCCAGUAUAAAUGUAGUAAAAGAGCCCCAAGUCCGUCGCUUCCUCAAGACGUGAGAAACUAUUCUGAGGAGAAACGUUUUGAAUGUAAGUACUGUGGCAAGUCCUUCAGCUGGAGUUCCCAUCUCAUCGCCCACCAGCGGACUCACACCGGGGAAAAGCCCUACAAAUGCAACCUGUGUGGCAAGUUCUUCACCCGCAGCUCGCACGUCGUUUCUCACCAGAGAAUCCAUACCGGAGAGAAGCCGUACAGAUGCAAUCUGUGCGGGAAAUCUUUCACGCAAAGGUACGUCCUCGUCGUGCAUCAAAGAACUCACACCGGCGAGCGGCCUUAUGCGUGCACCCAGUGCGGGAAGUCGUUCAGGCAGAGCUACAAGCUCAUCGCGCAUCAAAGGACCCACACGGGGGAGAAGCCGUACGAGUGCACCCAGUGUGGCAAGUCCUUCAUCCAGAGCUACAAGCUCAUCGCGCAUCAGAAAAUUCACUCGGGGGAGAAACCUUACGAGUGCGCUCACUGCGGGAAGUCCUUCAGCCAAAGCUACAAGCUCGCUGCCCAUCAGAGGACGCACACGGGGGAAAAGCCGUUCGAGUGUAACUACUGUGGCAAGUCGUUCAGCUGGAGCUCGCAGCUGGUGUCGCACCAGAGGACCCACACAGGCGAGAAGCCCUACGAGUGCAGCGACUGCGGGAAGUCCUUCAACCGCAGCUCCCACCUCGUCAUGCACCAGCGGACUCACACCGGCGAGAAGCCGUACCAGUGCAAGCAGUGCGGCAAGUCCUUCAGCCAGAGCUACGUCCUCGUGGUGCACCAGCGGACGCACACCGGGGAGAAGCCCUACGAGUGCGGCCAGUGUGGCAAGACGUUCCGGCAGAGCUCCUGCUUUACCCAGCACCAGAGGACUCACACCGGGGAGAAGCCCUACGAGUGCAACCAGUGCGGGAAAACCUUCAGCCUGAGCGCCCGGCUCAUCGUCCACCAGCGAACUCACACUGGGGAGAAACCCUACAAAUGCAGCCAGUGCGGCAAGGCCUUCAUUAGCAGUUCCAAGCGCAGCAGGCACCAGGCUACUCACAGCGAGGACUCCUGUAAGUCCUGACUAGUCGAGACUCCCGAGCUGGACUUUAAUCCUCGUAAAUGCAAUCCC